AUAAUAAAGACACAAAACCGGAUCAGUCAUCGUAUGCAGUGUCUAGCUAAUGGACGUGCCUACGUAUUAAUAUAUAUAUAUAUAGUUCAUCCAUAUUUUAGUGUUAAAUAUUAUUUUUAUUAGUGUUUUAGUGUAGUGUUCUUUUUUGGGUGAUCGGGAGUCAACACAAUGAAGUGGUUUGCGCUCAGCAUCGUUUUCCUUGUAGCAGUUCAACAUGGAAGUUCACUGAAACAGGGAGACCGCUGCGUGGUUAGACACACAAAAGCAGCUGGUGUGUGUACGCCUGCCUCCAGAUGUCAGUCUACCAGAGAUGAUUACCAGAUCAACGGAAUCCGCCCAACGUUCUGUUCGCACAACUUCGAUCUAAUCCUGGUCUGCUGCAGAGACAACAUUGCCUCUACGACUCCUUCUUACGAGAGACCAGUGUGGGGAAACUAUGGAUACAAUCCUCAGCAAACCAGCGUUAGGAGGAGGUUGAGCGAGAGAAAGUGUGACGAGUACAGUCGUCACGUGACCCAGACGGUGGGCUUCAUCACAUUGGACGCGGAGCCGGAGAAGAUGACCCUCUCGGCGCCAAAAUGUGACUACAAUGGCGUUGAACUCAUCGUGGGAGGAGAGAACGCCAACCAAGGCGAGUUCCCGCAUAUGGUCGCUCUGGGCUGGGAAGACGUGGUGGGUAACCACGUGUUCAACUGCGGAGGCAGCCUCAUCAGCUCGCGCUUCGUGCUGACGGCGGGCCACUGCACCGAGACCCCCAACAAGUUGCUGCGGGACCCCAAACCGCAGAUCGUGAGGCUGGGCGACCAGAACCUCAACCCCAACGUGAGGGACAACGCCAGCCCUGUAGACAUACCAAUUAAAACAAUCCACAAGCACCCAGGGUACGAAUCUCCUGUCAAAUACAACGACAUAGCGUUGCUAGAGUUGAACGCAGAUGUCGACUUCGAAGACAGCAUCCGACCGGCGUGUCUGUGGACCAAACCUGACUUCCCGGGGUACAGCAAAGCUAUCGCCACGGGUUGGGGAGUCGUUGAUCCCAGACAACCAACGAAGACAUCUGACGAACUGAAGAAGGUGUCACUGAGUCUUUUGGAAACCAACUUCUGCAACAAAACUCUAGAAGACACCUUCAACCGAAACUGGUGGGGCUUCUCUGACAGUCAGAUGUGUGCUGGAGAACUGCGUGGAGGACAGGACACUUGCCAGGGCGACUCCGGCUCGCCGCUGCAGGUCGCGUCUCGCUCCAACAAGUGCAUCUUCCACGUGGUGGGAGUGACGUCAUUCGGGCGCUCGUGCGCUCGCUCGGGCCGACCUGCCGUGUACACGCGCGUCUCCAGCUACUUGGACUGGAUCGAGGGGUUGGUCUGGCCCGGCGAACAGUGAUACGCUACUAUGCGAUAAUAUACCUUCUUUAUACUUUUUUA